UCCAUCCCAUGGAUCCCUUGGGUGCUCCCUCCCAAUUUGUGGAUGUUGACAGUCUGCUGUGCUGGACUGAUGCAUAUGAGGAUACACCGAUUGACUCUCACCAAAAUACUGCUGAAAAAGCUCAAGUUGAUGUUAGAUCACCUUUUCCAUACAGGAAAGACAUCAAUGCCAAAAUAGUCUUAUGGAAAGGAGAUGUAGCAUUAUUGAACUGCACAGCCAUAGUAAAUACUAGCAAUGAGUCUCUCACUGAUAAGAAUCCAGUAUCUGAAAGUAUAUUCAUGCAUGCUGGGCCUGACCUGAGGGAUGAACUCCAGAAGCUCAAAGGGUGCAGGACUGGUGAGGCUAAACUCACCAAAGGAUUUAAUCUGGCUGCACGUUUCAUCAUUCACACGGUGGGGCCCAAGUACAAAAGUCGCUAUCGCACAGCAGCCGAGAGUUCCCUGUACAGCUGUUACCGCAACGUCCUGCAGCUGGCAAAGGAACAGGCAAUGUGCUCCAUAGGAUUUUGUGUCAUUAAUUCUUUGAAAAGAUGCUACCCCUUGGAGGAUGCAACCCACAUAGCACUGCGCACAGUUAGAAGGUUCCUGGAGAUUCAUGGAGAGUCUCUGGAGAAGGUGGUGUUUGCAGUCUCUGAGCUGGAAGAGGCCACUUACAAGAAGCUGCUGCCUCUGUAUUUUCCAAGAUCGUUGGAAGAAGAGAUCCGAUCCUUGCCUUACCUCCCUGCAGAUAUUGGCAAUGCGGAAGGGGAGCCUGUAGUGCCAGAGCGGCAGAUCAGGAUUAGUGAAAAGCCAGGUGUUCCAGAUGAUGCUUCAGAUGAAGAGGGUCUGGAGGCAGAUUUGUCUUUCAUUGGUUCCCAUGCUUUUGCCCGCAUGGAGGGAGAUGUUGAUAAACAGAGACGCCUCAUCCUUCAGGGACAGUUGUCAGAGGCAGCCCUGCAAAAACAGCAUCAGAGGAAUUAUAAUCGCUGGCUGUGUCAGGCAAGAGCUGAAGACCUUUCUGAUAUUGCUUCUCUUAAAGCCUUGUACCAGACAGAACCUGGUUUGCGGGAAGAAGUUCACUUUGGUGGUAGAACUGCUCUUCUGUAUUUCAUCCACGUCAUGGAUCAUAUUACAGUGAAGGAAUAUGUCCUGGUGUACUUCCAUACACUCACAAAUGAUUACAAUCAACUAGACUCUAAUUUCUUGAAGAAGCUGUAUGAUGUUGUUGAUGCCAAGUACAAGAGGAACUUGAAGGCACUGUAUUUUGUCCACCCAACAUUUCGCUCAAAGGUCUCAGCAUGGUUUUUCACAACCUUUACAGUCUCAGGGCUAAAGGACAAAAUUCACUAUGUUGAAAGCCUUCAGCAGUUAUUCACAGCCAUACCCCCAGAACAGAUAGAUCUCCCUCCUUUCGUCCUCGAGUAUGAUGCCAGGGAAAAUGGGCCUUACUAUUCUUCUUACCCUCCAUCCCCUGACUUGUGAUCUGCAGUCCUGCAAUGCUGCUGGUUUCCUUUGGAUCCAGUGGACCUGAUGCCUGCCCAACCUGUGCAUUUGCCCAUGUACAGAAUUCAGAGAGAGGGUUUUCCUCCCCCAGCUCUGGUAUUUUUUUACUGAUGAGAUAUUUUCAAGCACUCAAGCAAUCAGAGA